AUGACGCCCUUCCUCACCCUCGCGCUCGCUCUGUCGAUGCCCGUCCUCUCCAUGGCCGCGGCAGUCUCCAAGCCCCUCGGCCAGACCAAGCCCUUCGGCCUGGACGUCCGCCAGGACGAGACCGAGCUCCCGCCUCCGGCUGGAAUCGUGGGUGGCACCACCGCCGCCGCCGGCGACUUCCCCUUCAUCGUCAGCCUGUCCAAGAGCAACUCGCACUUCUGCGGCGGUGUCCUGCUCAACGCCAACACCGUCAUCACGGCUGCCCACUGCUCCGUCGGCCAGACUGCCUCGUCCGUCAAGGUCCGCGCGGGCUCCCUCACCUGGGCUUCCGGCGGCACUCAGGUUGGCGUCUCUGCCAUCAAGUACCACCCGUCGUACAACUCGGCUAAGAUCGACUACGACGUUGCCGUCUGGCACCUGGCCACCCCCAUUGCGACCAGCUCUACCAUCGGCUAUGCCACCCUCCCUGCCCAGGGCUCCGACCCCGCCUCUGGCACCACCCUCACCGUCGCCGGCUGGGGCCUCCUGACCGAGGACGGCUCCACCCUGCCCGCCAACCUGAGGAAGGUCUCCGUCCCCGUCAUCUCGCGCGCCACCUGCCAGUCGCAGUACGGCACCUCGGCCGUCACCACCAACAUGUUCUGCGCCGGCCUCACCGCGGGCGGCAAGGACUCGUGCUCGGGCGACUCUGGCGGCCCCAUCGUCGACUCCUCCAAGGUCCUCAACGGCCUCGUCUCCUGGGGCAACGGCUGCGCCGAGGCCAACUACGCCGGCGUCUACACCCGCGUCGGCCAGUUCGUCGACUGGAUCAACACCAACAAGUGGACCUCGUAA